UUGUCCACAGUGAUAGUACUUCUGGCCCGUAGCCCUACUCCGAGUUUCAACAAUAUUAAUAAAUUUAUUAUUAUUGUUGUGAGUAAUAUUAUGAAUAGUAAGAAAUUUGUCAUAAAUCGGAAUUUUGAAUUUUCUUGAACCAUCUUUUAAUUCUUCAUUAUUGUUUCGUACAUUUUUAUUUUUUGUUAAAAAUUAUUAUUAUUUGGCAUUGACGAUUGUUGACGAUGUUUUCUUCAGACGCCAAUUAUUCGAAACUCAAGACUAACUUGAGAUUGGCGUUAAAUCGUCUCAAAUUAUUGGAAAAAAAGAAAACUGAACUAGCCCAAAAAGCGCGUAAAGAAAUUGCCGACAUGGUUGCAGCAGGGAAAAGUGAACGUGCCAAAAUUAGAGUCGAACAUAUCAUACGCGAAGACUACUUUGUUGAAGCACUUGAAAUUGUUGAGAUGUUUUGCGAUGCUCUGUUAUCCAGAUUUGGUCUCUUACAACAAUCAAAAAUUUUAGAUUCUUCUCUUGCAGAAUCAGUUUCUAGCUUAUUAUGGGUGGCUCCUCAUAUUCAAGCUGAUGUCAGUGAAAUGAAAGUGAUAUCUGACCAAUUAACUCAAAAAUUUGGUAAAAAAUAUACUGAGGCAUGCAGAUCAGAAAACAUGGACACUGUAUCUGAAAAACUGAAGCAUAAGUUGAGUUUAAGACCACCACCAAAGAUACUAGUGGAGAAGUAUUUAAUUGAAAUUUCCAAAAAUUAUAAUGUACCUUAUGAACCUGAUUUACAAGUCAUGCAAGAAUAUGAACAAUCUCAUAGUGUAGAUUCUAUACUUUUUGAUGGUAAAAAUGUAAUUAAUGAAAAUGCCACACGGCCUACAGGGUUUAUUGGUUUUCCAUCACAACCCAUGGCUCCAACUCAGGCUCCACCUAUUAGUUAUCCAAAUAUGCAAACUAUGAGUUCAAUGUUAGAUUCAGUUCCAUUGGAUUUUGAGAUACCAUCUUCAUUACCUACAGUACCUACUGUAAUUGCACCUACUAUACCUGCUAUACCUACGCCCAAAGUGCAGCCGAUUCCAAAACCACCAGCAGCUAAUAUAGUUAAACCUGUUCCGAAAAACCCAAUUUUUCCCAAUAAGAACUUGGGUUUUUCAAACUUACCUGACCUCCCUAGUGUACCUACAGAUAUACCUGUCGGUGAUGUUAAAGAUAAAGAUGAUGAUGAAGAAACUGAUUUUGAUGAAUUAUUAAAUCGAUUUGAGGAUUUAAAAAAGAACAAAAAAUAAGUAUUUUA